AGAAAACCGGUGCGGAUCAGGACUGUCGUUGCUUCACCGCUGGAAGAUGCAUCUCAUUCUCCCGCAGCUGCACACGAUUCAUGUGUUUUUUUUUCUUUUUUAAUUUCUUGUCAGCAACUGUGGUUUAACCAUCAGGGAUCUAGAAAACAGAAACCACCCACUGCUCUUUCAAAGUUUACUGAGGUUUCCAGCCAAGAAAAGCAGCUUUUCCUCACCCGGUGGAUCCAUUAUGACGGGAUGAGCCUGCAGAAUAAGGACAUCAUGUCAGCCUCCUCUGACACCCUCCAGUUCAGUUUGUCCGCCCACGGGGACUCCAUGCUCAGCAAAAUGACUAUUAUGAGAGAAGACCGUCGCUUCUGUGACAUUACACUUGUUCUUGGAGGUGCACGGGGCCCCGCCGUCGAGCCUUUCCAUUUCCACGGUCACAGAGUGGUGCUCGCAGCAUCUUCAAACUUCCUGCGCGACCAGUUCCUGCUCCACGAAGGCCGAGCAGAGCUGAGGGUGUCUGUCGUUUCCAGCGUGAAGGUUGCAGAGACUCUGCUGCUGUCCUGCUACACCGGGCAGCUUGAGGUCCCUCUGAGAGAGCUGGUGAGCUACCUAACUGCAGCCAGUGCACUGCAGAUGGACCAGGUGGUAGAGAAGUGUGCCCAGGCUGUUUCCCAGUUCCUCAGUCCCACCCUGGCGUUCUUGAAACUGGAGAGACGCUCUGAGAAGAAGGAAAAGCAGCUAGAAAGCAGCUGGCUGGGCACCAGCUUCGAAAAUCGUGAGGAAGAGGAUGCAGCCCAGCCCAGUACCAGCAUCCAGGAAGCAAAUAUCAAGGAAGGGGGUGUGGCCGUGAUUCAGUCCAAGUUGAGGGUCAGCCAAGAACCCGAGGUGGAUAGUCGAGGACCGAGAGAGGCUGUGGAAGCUGAAAGAGAGGAAUGUGAGGACGCAGCAUGUUGUCUCGACAGCCUGGAGUUGGAAGAAGGUGGAGACAUUCAGCUUUUUCACACCAACAACCAGCUAUGUCAUGUUCACCACAUUGAAGGUCCUUUCAAGUGUAAGCUGCACCCUCCUGCAAGUUUCCAAGACCAAGUUUCCUCCUCAGCCUCCACAGUCAGAAGAAACUCAGCAGCCCAUGAGGAACUGGUAGAAAGCAGCCAGAACGAGCAGGAACAAGAACUAGAGCAGCCGAUAGAGGAGGAAAACAUGCACACAGCGGCUGCUCAGAUACAACAACAUGGAAAGGUGGAAGAGGAUUCAGGAAUAAUGUUGGUCCAGAGGCCUUAUCUGUGCAGGAGGUGUGAUAAAGUCUUCCAGCACCUGGAGAGCUACGUGGGCCACCUGAAGGAGCACCGGCAGUACUUCUGUCUGGUCUGUGAGAAAGGUUUUUCUCAGAAGAGUAACCUGACUCGACACGUACGCAUCCACGCUGGUGACAAGCCUUUCAGAUGUCCUCUGUGCCACAAGACGUUUACCCAGAAGGCCAUGCUGCAACACCACUUCGACCUGCACACAGGGGACGGGACCCAUAUGUGCAACUACACUGCUGUGCACUUUGCCCACAAGGCAGGCCUGAGGUGCCACCUGAGGGCAAAUCAGGGUAAGAGCAGCUGGCAGAAUGUGCUCGAGUAGGCCGUGGACUGCAAGUGAGGGAGCAGGUUUAGCUUCAAUCUAAUGAUGAUGGUGUUGGUAGCUGUUUGUCUCUAAAAUUAUUGGGGGCAAAUAAGAUGCCUGGAAGCACAAUAAGCUGUUCACACAUCGACUAGAACAGAGGUGUCAAACUCAUUUUAGUUCAGGUUCCACAUUCAGAAAAUCACAGCAUAGUAACCUAUAAACAACCACAACUCCAGAUUUUUCCUUUGUUUUAGUGUAAAAAAGUACAUUCUGAAAAAGUUCACAUUUAAGGAGUUCUGUGCAUGAUGAACAACCUGAAAACAAAAAAAAAAGACAAAAUAUUAGACAAAAACGUUACAAAGCAGCCAAAAAAUGGACAAAACAAGACACAAAAUGACAAAAUAAGACAAAAAAACACAAGCCGGACAAAAAGGAAACACAAAAUGACAAAAGCCAGAAUCAAAAUGACAAAAGACAACAAAAACAGGACAAAUAUUACAAAAACGAGACACAAAACGGCAAAAACCAGAAACAAAAUGGCAAAAACCAGAAGCAAAAUGGCAAUAAAUGAGACAAAUGACACAAAACAGAACAAAAAAGAGACAAAAAAAUUGACAAAAGUAACAAAGCGACAAAAACAGAGCCAAACGACACAAGCAAGACAAAAAGAGACGCAACACAAGACGGAAAAUGACAAAAGCAAGAAACAAAACAACAAAAGCAUGAGACAAAAGACAAAAGUCAAACAAAAAUAUGACUAAAGAUUACAAAAACGAGACACAAAAUGACAGAAGAAGUGUGAGCAAAAACAGUAUUUCACUUUAUGAUCAAAACAGCUUGUCAUGGUCUAGAAAUUAUUUUAAAUUCAUAGUUUUACUAAUUUGCAAUCUGCAGUUAAUGUCUUCCCUCUAAUUCUGACACUUUGAGGGCCGGAUUGAACCCUCUGUAGGGACAGUUUUGGCCCACGGGCUGCAUGUUUGACACCCCUGGUCUAGAAGGAAAUAAAGACAAAACUGUUAUUUAAUGUGACAUAAUGGUUGCUUUUUAUAGGUUGGAGCUAAUGCUGCAACAACAGCGUCUUCCAUUGUCCAGAUUGUUUGUAUUCUAACAUGUGAUCUAUGUAGAUCUCACAAAGGGUUGAAAUGGACUGUGUUUCUCCAGAUCUGGCAGAGUUUCCACAAUUUUGAUGUGUAAAGAAAGCAAGAAGUGCUGUAAAACCAUCUGAUCUAUCAAGAGAUAAGCAUAUAUGUGACUAUUUAAGCAGUAGAAGCAGAAAUGAAAACUCUGUUCUGACUUUGCUGUAAUGACUGAAAGUACAAAUAAAAAUCCCCUGAAAGAGCA